AUGGAUGGAGCAAAGGUGAACGGAGCAGAGAGGAAUGUACCCCUCGCAGGCACUACAGCCAGGAGUAACUCGAACCAGCCCUGGCUCGAAUUUGGACUGCUUGUAGACGAAGAUCAUCCGCAGGACGAGUGGUCGCUUCCCGGGCCAAAGCAAUUGCACGAGGAAAUCGCCAAGCAGUACAGUGAAGACCAGAAGGCCAAGGCCUGGUCAGACGCAGCUGAGGCCGUGAAGACCUACAGCGACGAGAUGAUAAACAGAUGGAGUCGAGAGAUGGACACCCUCCUUGUAUAUGCUGGUUUGUUUUCAGCCGUGCUCACAGCAUUCAACGUGCAAUCCUAUCAGUCACUGCAAUCUUCCUCGACUGACACAACAAACGCAUUGCUCCGACGCAUCUCCACUCAGCUAGAUAGCUUCUCGAUAAACCCGUCCUUCGUGAAUUCCACGCGACAAUCUACGUCAUUUGACGAUGCCCGGCCACCAUUUCGGGCACCUGCCUCAGCUGUCUGGAUUAAUGCACUAUGGUUUUCGAGUCUGGUCUGCAGUCUUGCUGCCGCAUCUAUUGCCCUCAUGGUCAAGCAGUGGUUGCACGAACUGGAAAGCGGGGUGUCCGGUAGCUCGCGCGAAACUGGUCGACGUCGCCAGUACCGUCUUGACGGCAUUCUGAAGUGGCGUGUCGGUGCCAUUGUUGUGGUCAUUCCCAUUCUUCUCCAGCUCGCCCUCGUGUUGUUCCUUGCUGGCCUCAUCAUCCUGCUUUGGACCCUGCAUGGCACCGUUGCCGCCAUCGCCACUUCCCUCGUAGGCGCGCUGUUCAUUUUUCAGUUCACAGUGACGAUCCUUCCUUCCUACCACCUCGAUUGCUGUUUCCUCUCGCCUCAGGCUUUGGCGAUAUACUCCGUCGUGCGGCCACUCCACAAUACUACCCUCGCACUCCUCCAGCAUCUGUCACGGCUCUGGACCCGAUCGGAGAGGCCUUCGUUUUGGCACUCGGACGCCUCUGACCUCAGUACUCUGCGAGCUUUGAAGAAACGGAUCAUCAGCUUUUGCAACAGUCGCCGCGAAAUGCCGCCAUGGAGAGGCCAAGAACACCUUGUGAUCGCCAGCGCGAGGACGUCCAGCGCUCUCGACCGUAGGAUGGCCAUCAUGGCUUGUAAGACGACCUUCACGUUUGAACAUCUGAAGGACGUCGAAGUAAUCUUCUCUUCUUUGUCCCCGAACGAGGUCGCGGGUUACGUACGAGACGUCUGGGACCUGUACAAACGCCGGCAGGCUACUGGGCUCGCUUCAUACCAGGUGACCAGAUCCGUUAUGCACCUGCUGCUGCACGCCCUUCGGCACAUGUUGACUGUGGGGCCCGACGCCAGGGACGAAGAAUGGGAGCGUACCGUUAAGUGGAUCGUCGAGCAUCACAGCCCCUUACCGACGUUCCAGCCAACGAGCAUGGAUCUACAGCUCACGACGUUCUCUAUUCUCGCUACGCACGAUUCGGUCGCUGGCAGCCUUGCACUCAGCAAGGUCAGAUAUCAUACAGGGCUGAAGUGGUCAUACUCGUACUCUACGAUCCGCAACGUGAUGGUAAUGGCAGAAUUGCAGAUGCAGCGACAUAGGAACAUCGGCGAGGAUCCCAGCGCCUCCCUCUACACGUACCUGCAGGCUUUCCAGAUAGCCAUUCGAGGCAUCGUUCUCGUGGUAUCCGAGAAUUCUCCCGUCACUCCUCCGCCUACAUCUGCACAGGUCGACACCAUCCUUUCCCAUGCCCGCGACAUCCUGGUGUCAUUUGAGAGCCUGCUCCGCAGUCAGCACUGGGAGGGCUUGCAGGAUACUAUGCCGGAUGAGUGGAAACAUUCCGGGCCCUUCCUGCACUUCCUCUCCCUUUGGUUGGAACAGUUCGCAAUCCUGCCUCUGACGACGCUUGCGAACCGGUCGCGCCACUCGAAGCUCGUCACGGAAGGGCUUCUGGAGGCGUUGGAAGAUGCGUGGGCGAGGGCACAGGCUGGGUAUCCACCACAAUCGGCUCCUCCUGAGACAGGGCAGACACGAGUGCCUAGUAACUCUGCGUCCGCGAUGGGCCGCAUAGAGCGAGAGUUAGAAACGUUGCGAGCGUACGUGGUCUAUCAGCGUACGUUUCAAUGAACGUGCAGAUCAUGUGAUGCGGCCUGUCGAGCUGGCGUUCACCUUCUGGCCACUCUUGCAACUUGGAUGCGUUGAAGCGACCUCUCUAGAGCGAAAUAGGAUCGCGGCUGUGAGCUACUCAGCAUCCAAGCCAGACAUCUUCAUGUCCCAAGCCGACAUACCAUAGUCCUCACCACGCCACCGCGUGAUGACAAACCCUUCAGUAUGUGUAGUGGCGCGCAGUUCCCUUGUCCUGCCCGUCCUGCUCGGUCUACGAUGGUGUUCAUAUCGAUAGGUCCUUUGAGCCACGCUCGGUCAGGUUAGGAAGUCGACCCAGGUUCCGAUCGGAACUGCCACGUCUGGCCCUCAGGAAUCCCCGAAGGGCUUCGACCAUACUAAGGUUCUCUCCCCGCGACGCGAGCCGGAGCAACCCCGUGUAUUGUCGUUUCGAGAGGAUUCGUUGGUCUGCAAAUGCUGUGUGAAAUUACAUCAGGACGCAUUCUUUUAAGUACUCAAGUGGUAAUCGGCGGAUGUAUCUGUGUAUGUUAUCGCACAUUGUGGACAAGGAGGCAGUGUCGG